AUGGCAUCUUUUCGAAAAAUAAUACUUCAAAAUCGUCAACGUUCAUCAUCAACAAAAAAUGCUAUAGGUGUUUCACCUGAACCAUAUCUCGAUCUUAUUUCUAAUCCAUUUGAUAAACGUCAAUGGAAUUAUCUCUCACUUGGUCCAUCUUAUAUAAGAGUAAAUCAAAGUGCUAUUCGUCCAAAAUGUCAACAAGAAACUGAAAUAAAAAAUGAACAUAAAGAUAUUUAUUCAAAAGUUGAAAAUCAUCUCACCGACUAUCCUCAUCGUAUACCACGAAACAAUACAAUUUUUAAACAAUAUUCAGAUCAUCUUCUCGAUUAUCUUAAUCAAAGUUAUUUGACUCCGUUAUCAUAUAAAGAUCAAUUAAAAAGUCUCGAGCGAGCACAAAUUCUUGGAUCAAUUCGACGAACAAUUAAAAAGAUGAAUCUUAUUAUUCGUGUUACGGACAAAGGAAAUAAUUUUUAUAUUGGUUCGGCUGGUGAAUUUGAAGAAAAAGCUCAAAAAUUUUUCUCUGAUACAAAUGCUUUUAUAGAAUUAUCUUCCAAUCCAUUCAAUGAAAUAUUGAAUAAAGUUAUACAAUUACUCAAUACACUUCGUGGAAAAGAUCUUAUUCGUAAAUGGCAAUAUGAACAAAUGAUGCCAGAUCUAACAAAUUCUGAAUUAGCUCAUUUAUAUUUUAAUCCUAAAACACAUAAGGAUAGUAUACCAGUUCGACCAAUUGAAAAUACUAUCCAUGCUUCAACUACAAAAAUUUCAAAAUUCUUAGACAAAAUUCUACGACCAAUAUUUGAUGAUAAAUGUAAAGAUACAACUAUUAUUGAUGGUGCUUCAUUAAUUACUGAACUUUCAAAAUAUAACAAAAAAGGUCUCUUGAAGCCAACAACUCUUUUUUGUACAUUUGAUAUUCGUAAUUUAUAUACAAUGUUACCACAAGAAGAAUCAUUAGAUAUUCUUAUGACAUUUCUUCAUGCUCAUGGUUAUAGAAAAGUGAAGGGAAUUAGUAUUGAUACAAUAAAAAAAUUAGCUUCAAUUAUUCUCAAAGACAAUGUUUUUGCUUAUGGUAAAAAAAUUUAUAAGCAAACAACUGGUGGUGCUAUGGGUUCAUCAUUGACAUUAACUUUAGCUAAUAUAUUUAUGUCGGAAUGGCAAAAAAAACUAGUUGAAGAACAAACGAAGACAAAUGAAUUCUAUGGAAGAUAUAUUGAUGAUAUUUUUAUGACUUGGAAUAGAUCUGAAGAAGAAUUAAGAAAAUUAUUAGACGAUGUGAAUACAUGGCAUCCAAAUAUUAAAUUAGACUAUAAAAUUGGUAAUAGUCUUCCAUUUCUUGAUGUACAACUUACAAAUAAUAAUGGCAUACUAUCAACAUCUGUCUAUCAUAAGCCUGCAGCUGAACCAUAUGUUACACCAUUUAUAUCUGAUCAUCCUCGACAUGUUUUCAUCAAUAUUAUCCAAACGUCUCUUGCACGUGCUGUAAGAUAUUCAUCGACAUUCGAAGCUUUUAAUUAUGAACGACGUUACAUUAAAUUGAUGUUACUAUAUAACGGUUAUCCAUCAACAUUUAUUGAAAAUCAAUUCCAUAAAUAUUUAUCAGACUAUAUAUCGACAUCGCCAUUUUUACCAUUGAUUGAUGAUGAGAAAAAAUUCUUUCAAUUUCGACAAAAACUAUUAGGUCAACCAACACCUCGUCAAUCACAAGUGGCACUGAGUGCAGCAACAGCUGAUAUUGACAAUGAUCCAGACACCGAUGAAACAAAGCAACCAAAUGAAUCUACAACGAAAAUCGACAAAACAAAUAUUACAAAUUAUCAAGAAAAAUUAUUUAUUCAUUACACACAUGAAAAAAGAUUUAAUGUUUUCAAACGUGAUAUGCAUCAUGUCUACGAAGAUACAUUUAAAUCUACACCAGCAAUGUAUGCCAACCUUAUCGUUGGCAAUCGGAAUCGACGACAGGCAAGUGAUGAACUAAUACAUAAACGACCGAUAAAAACAUUUUUACUGAACGAAAUAACGCAAGGUAAGCAUCAGAACAAAAUUUAAAAAAAAAACAAUCCUUCACUUAUAAUUUAACCUAAUAAUAUCAAUUGAAAAAUAUACUUCUAGGACAACAAAACAAAAAAAACAAAAGAAUACAAAAGCAACAAACAAUCAAACAAACAUCCCCAGCUUAAUCGACAAACUUGCCGAAAAAUUCUCUAUUUAUCCUAAAUACAAACAAUAUCAUCAGCCCGUAUACCGAAACCAUUCUAAAAAAAACAUCCAAUUUUUACUCACUACAUACUGCAAUACCAUUAAAAAAAAAAUUAAUAAAACUUUUCCUUUUCUAUAUCAUACAUUUAAUCAAUCCUAAUAUCUAACUGUGCCUUUUCUUUUCAGAUAAAUUAACAUAAUUAGAUUUCAACAAUCGAAACUACAACAUCUAACCAAUGACCAAAAGAUGUAGAUUAUGGUAGCUGUUCACACGACAGUGUCUUGAAUUUUAUCAAUAUAUUUAUAUAUAUAUUUUUAUGUAUAUAGAUAUAUCAGAUAUAAAUUGAAAUUUUUGAUUUUUUAAUCAUUAAAAUUCAUUUGCCAUCUGAUGAUUCCUUUAGCCAGGAUGAAAUCUAGAUUAUGGUAGCUGUUCACACGACAGUGUCUUGAAUUUUAUCAAUAUAUUUAUAUAUAUAUUUUUAUGUAUAUAGAUAUAUCAGAUAUAAAUUGAAAUUUUUGAUUUUUUAAUCAUUAAAAUUCAUUUGCCAUCUGAUGAUUCCUUUAGCCAGGAUGAAAUCUAGAUUAUGGUAGCUGUUCACACUACAGUGUCUUGAAUUUUAUCAAUAUAUUUAUAUAUAUAGAUAUUUUGUUUAUGUAUAUAGAUAUAUCAGAUAUAAAUUGAAAUUUUUGAUUUUUUAAUCAUUAAAAUUCAUUUGCCAUCUGAUGAUUCCUUUAGCCAGGAUGAAAUCUAGAUUAUGGUAGCUGUUCAC